AUGCUCACCUGCCCUCAUACCAUCUGGAAUCUGGCUGUUUGUCUGAAAUACAAGUCGUGCCUACAACUGACAAGCAAGCCGAGACAAGAGGCACACUUUGCCAAACAUCUUGGCCCGCCAGGUCCUAAGGCCAAAUCUUCGCGUCGGAGAAAUGGCCGUAAAACGUUCAGGUUUUAUGACGCUUGUACUGCGCCAGAUUCCCCCAAAUUUCCUGCCCAGUUCACGGGCGGUCUACUUCAAAUCAUGCCACCCGGCCUUCGUUUGGCUUGCUUCCUGAGGUCAGAAUUGAUGCAGGCCGGUGGGGAUGAAGAGCGGCUGUAA